AUGGGAGUGUUAAGGUUCAAAUACAUCUCUUUUGGGAGAGUUACUGGGUCCAAUGGGGCAUCCCAGGCAUUGUUCAUCUGUCUUCUGAUUCCAUAUUGCCUGACACUCACUUUCCGAGCACCACGUCUAAUCCCAAAUGUGACUUUCCUCUGGGCCUGGAAUGCCCCUACUGAACUUUGUCCAAAAAAGUUUGAUGUGCCACUAGAUUUGAGCCUCUUUUCUUUAAUAGGAAGCCCCAGGAAAGGCAUCACUAAGCAAGGUCUUACAAUAUUUUAUCUUGACAGGCUUGGUUACUACCCUUAUAUAAAUGAAAAAACAGGCAAAAGUGUGAAUGGUGGCAUUCCCCAGAUGGCAUCCUUAACAGGUCAUUUGGCCAAAGCUAAGGAAGACAUUUCCUACUACACGCAAACAAAUCAAACAAGUUUGGCUGUCAUCGACUGGGAGGAAUGGAGGCCCAUCUGGGCAAGGAACUGGAAACCUAAAGACAUCUACAGGAAGACAUCUGUUGAGUUGGUUCAGCAACAAAAUAUGCAACUUAAUGUCACAGAGGCCACCAAGAGAGCCAAGAUAGAUUUUCAAAAGGCAGCAAGGAGUUUCAUGCAAGAAACUUUAAAAUUGGGAAAGCUUCUUCGGCCAAAGCAUCUCUGGGGUUUUUAUCUUUUUCCUGAAUGUUACAACUAUCAUUACACAAGGCCUGGUUACAAUGGAAGUUGCUUUAACAUAGAAAAGAGGAGAAAUGAUGAGCUCAGCUGGUUGUGGGAAGAAAGCACUGCCCUCUUCCCAUCCAUUUAUUUACGGGCUUCCCUGACGUCUGCUGGCUUCGCUGCCCUCUUUGUUAGGAAUCGUGUGCAGGAAGCCAUUCGGGUUUCUGAAGUACGUGAUACUGAAAAUCCACUUCCAGUUUUUGUAUAUUCCCGUCCAAUUUUCUCUGAUGUGGUUUUGAAAUACCUUUCUCAGGAUGACCUAGUGAACACACUUGGCGAAAGCAUUGCUCUGGGUGUCUCAGGCAAUAUCAUCUGGGGAAGCCUCAAUUUAACCCAAAACAGGCAAUCUUGCAUGAGACUAGCCAAUUACAUGAAAAGCACGCUGAAUCUUUACAUAAUCAACAUCACCUUAGCAGCUAAAAUGUGUAGCCAAGUGUUUUGCCAGGAACAAGGAAUAUGUGUAAGAAGAGAAUGGAAUUCAAGUGACUAUCUUCACCUGAACCCAAAGAAUUUUGCUAUUCAAACUGUGAAAGGUGGACAGUACAUAGUACGGGGAAAACCCACACUUGAAGACCUGCAGCACUUUUCUGGAAAGUUUCAGUGCAGCUGUUAUGCCGGCUUCAGAUGUAAAGAGAGAGACGAUAUAGAAAGCAUUCAUGCUAUUAAUGUGUGCAUUGCUAAAGAUGUUUGCAUAGACACCUUUCUAAAUGAAGAACCUACUGAUCCUCUCAGGGGGAGAGAGAAACUUUCUGUUGCUCUUAGCAACAUUUCAUCUAUUCCAGUGGCCAUAGAGUCUCCGUGUGCUCCUGGGGCAGAUCUCAGUGGGUGUCUCAAAGCCAAUUUUUCAGAGAAAGCCAAUGGCCAAAAGGACUGUUCAGGCGUUUUCUGGAAAAACAUGUCCAGUCUUCAAAACAAAACAAUCGAAGCAGCCAAUUUGAAUUCAAGACAGUCACGUGGUGCCUUUAACGCUCUGGAGGAUUCCGGGGCAUCUAAGGCUCGAGGUCAUGUGAGAACAUUGGGGUAUUAUGAGAAUCUUUUUGUGUACUGUUGGACACGAUCAAUUCUGUCUUCUCCUCAAAUUCUGUUUGAUCUGAGACACUGCGUCUUAAUAAGAGUGCCGAUGAAUUACGGAGGCCCUGAGGCUCCACUAACGAUUAAUGUAAAACCUGCACUUCAAAGGAUCCUGAAAACAAGAAGGAAGGUCAAUCGAUUUCGAUUCAAAAUGGGAAUGAGACAGGAGACUGAAGACUCUAGGGACUUUCAUUGCUCAGUGAGUUAUAGGGCCGAGUGA